AUGGAGUUUGUGGAGCUCUCAGAUAGCCGAUGUGUACUGCCAAAAGAUUCUUAUCGACAAGUCAAUUUGACUUGUGAUCUUGCAACGAGUAGAACCAGCUGUGGAUUGUUUGCGUAUUUUAUUAACUACUUAGAACUUUUCUUUUGUCUUUUACCGAUUCCCACAUUUUCAAUUUACGGGUUGAUAAGUGCGGUUAUACUACUGGCAUAUUUUUGCGUGCUUUUCAUGCUGACUAAAUAUUUCUUUGUGCCGAACUUAGUGACACUUAUUCAAUUUGCGCCUAUGACAAUGUUUGGUAUAAGUUUUCUAAUUUCUGGGCCAAGUUUUUUUGCAUCCUAUUAUAUCAGUGACUGGAAGGUCUGUAAUUCUCCGGAAAAGGUCUUAACUCCUGUGCAGUUCUCCAAAAUCGUGGGGGACAUUUUGAGAUACUUUCUGAUAGGAGUUAUGACUAUCUGCACGCAGGGAUAUCGAGCUGAAGGAGUUACCCUUUGGUCCUGCAUGUCCUUCAUUUUAGUCGGAACGGGAUACCUGUUCGCAGUUACCAAGAAGUCAUACCAAGUUGAAAAAGGGAAUACCGACGAGCAUUUAGCUAAAUUUCGGGUGAUCGUUUUCCUGUAUAUUUUCGUAAUAGUUUUACUGGUAAUUUUUGUCGUGUCACACACAACUUACCAACGGAACUCUGAAAAACGGAAACAAAAAGAAAAUAUCUUUUGGGAUAUGGACAGCGGUGAUGAGAUCUUGGGCAAAUAUGAAAAGCAAAGAGUGUUUACCAAAAAACAAAUUUGGCUAAGGACAAUUAACGGGAGGAAGAACAUGAAGGACUUGCAUGUGAUCUAUAGAAUUAUUAUGAUGCCCAUCUACUUUAUCGCAUCUCUUUUCAUUCCGGUUAUAACAAAGGACAGAUUUUUGGUGGGAUUUCGAAAACAUGUAUGCUGUAUCUGCCUGAUCGUCCUGCCAUUCAUAUUCCUCCUCCAUGGUUUCAAGGCUUUCGUCUGGAUAAUGAUGCUCCUUGUUUGCUGGCUACUCAGCAUCCUGGUCUUCAUUUCCACCCAUCCCUUGAGACGACCCGACAAUGUUUGGCUCUUUGCGCUUCUGGGCUUGAUCACCAGCUCGGCAGUCAUGAAUUUAUUUUUUGGCGGGAUAGAGAACAUCACCUGGCAGUACAUCAGCGUUCAUUUCGAUGUAAUGCCCGAUGUCGUGGCUUUAAUGUAUUUUGAGUUGGGCGGCAUGUUCUGCCAGGUGAUUGUCGUGAGGUGUCUGCAGCUGAGGAAAAUGUGGGAUGCCACCUUUGGAGUCGUGAUGAGCAUGGUAACCUAUUCCAUCCUUUUGGCUUUUCCUUUGCUGUAUUUCCAGGGAUGCUACAACCCCAGUUGCAAAUUAAUUAUCACUGCUUCAACGGAGACAGGCAUUCAUUUUCUUUUCCUAAUCCUGUCGACCAGUUUGCUCCACAUUUCUAUGAGUGGCUAUGAAUUUCGCCUUUCGCUGCUCUUUUACCUUUUGACAUUGACAGUUUUUUAUGUGACAAUCCAAUGGAUGGUACACUACGGUUGGAUUCUUUCUCUCGCCACACUUUACGAGCUUAAAAAAUAAUCUUUU